AUGGCAGAGCUUUUAGGGAAGCUCCGCAGCGCUUGGAAGACAUGGAGGAAACAGCGUAAAGGAAGGCAAGAACGAGUAUCUGAUCCUCAGAAACUUGUCGGCGUUACUGAACAAUCGGACAAAGAACACAUACAUGCGGCAAGUAUUGAAGAUAUAGAUGCAUGUGCCAACAAGGAUAAUAGUUCCGCGAACGUGAAGUCUACAGUUGACUCUCCUAAUUCAGGGAAGGUAUGCAAUAAUGAAGAGAACAAGAAUGUGAACGAAACUCCGAUUGAAGUGAUCUGUGAGUAUGCAAAUGACGCAGAUAUUGACAUUUACCGUGCUGAAGGCCUGACGGAUAAUGAAUUGCGAACUAUAAUUUGUAGCUUAGCUGAAAAAAUUUGCAGGGAGUUUCCGUCGUAUUACGACUUUUGCAUUAUAGCAGACGAAGAGGACUAUGAUUCAGCAGACGAACUGAAGCAUUACUUGUGCCGCACUUUCGACUUAACAGGAUGUAUGGUUCAUGAUGGUUUUUAUCGUGCGGGUGCAGACAUAUUUUCCUGUUUUGAAUUUAUGAUGUCGAGGAGCAGCAAAGUGCUGUUUUACUUAACAGACAAUUUUAAUGCAAGCCAGUUCUAUCGUCGCAUCCAGAGUGGAGCCGUUUUUCAGUCAUUGAUGUCCAGCGUUCAAGCCCACCGAGAAAAAUGUGUACCAAUAUUCCCAAAUGGUAUUCCUAACUACAUUCCGCUACCCCUCUCAGGUAUAGCAGGUCUGCAUCCUAAAUCGAAAGUAGCGUUGCGACAAAGUGUAAAUACAACAUAUACCUUACCUCUCAGAGAAAAAAGAAAAUGUUUAGAUAGACUGAAUGAUGAAGAACGAAGGUUAGCAUUCCGUGAACAGCUGCGACUUAGUGUGAGUGAUUUCAUUCAAAAGAAACAAUUACAGAACUCAACAUCAGAAACGCACCAAAUUGAGAAUGCCCAUUCAGCAAUUGAUGUACACACCAGUACCAGCAUUUUGCCAGAAGUUUCCUCAAACGUGAAUGCUGGGAAUGAACAGCCCACAGGUGACACCAUAGCAGAUACCCUCGCUUCCUUGCCGAUGGAUGAUGAAGCGCGGACAUGUAUAAUGCAAGUAGUAUCACAGUCCAGUCCCCUACCUGCAACAAAUGUGAGCAUCACAAGUUCCUCAGCAGUGCAUGUGGGAAAUAAAGUUACUGUGAAUUUGACCAUAAAUCCACCAGUGUCAUACUCUGGAGGUACCACAGGUGAUGCCAUAAUGAAUGACAGUGAUUCAGACAGUUUUUCUGAAAGUGAAUGAGUCUGAUAUAGUGUUUCUGAAGAAGAGAUUAUCCAUUUAUGUUUUCAUGCUAAACAGUGCAUCUCCUGGUUUUCAAGAUGUGUGUUUAUGAUAACAACAGCAAACAUUAGGGAACAAUGAUAGACAAAGCAAUACCAUAUGCCAAAACAAGUUGGUAAUAAGACAUGUGAAUAUUCAUAAUUCAUUCUAGUGCAUUGGCUUAUUUAUAAGUGUCAAGAUUCAUUAAUUGAGUAAUGUAGACCAUUAUUCCCUUAUCUCCACAAAAAGUUUUUGUGAAUGAGGCUCUUAUGUUUUGUGAUUUUUUGAUGAGAUACUGUAAAAUUUGCCGUAAAAUGGUGUGGGGUAGAGAUAUUUGCCAGAACAAAAUGUUUUGUCACUAAAAAACAUUUUGGUAUGUGGCUGUGAUGUAGAUUUAUCGUAAAUUUGCAGCAGUAACUGAAAUGCGUCAGCAGUGAAUAGAUCUUGCCAGUUUUUAAAGCCAGUGGAUGUUUUGUAUCAUUUGAAUUUGUAAACUUGUUUUGUGUAUUCACUAUGAGGUUGCAUUGUGUUGCAAGAGUGAGUAGUUGAAGGAAAUGAUUGCUUUAAGUAUUACCAUAUGCACAAGAGAAUGGCUCUUAUAUUCAUGCCCAGCAAUUGUUUAAAAUGAUAUCACACCAAUUACACCAUUGUUAGCAUACUCCUCUCAACCUCCCACAUUGCUCGUUGAUUGGAAAUGCUUCUUCUUGCUCAUUCUGAUGAUUGCUAUUUGGCUCCAUAAAAAGUAUUAUUGUGUACUUAGAUGCAUUAUUACCUUGUACAGAUUGAUCAUGAAUUCAAGAGUUUCUUAUUAACUUUUGCCUCACUUAGAUUUAUUAUUAUUAUUAUUAUUAUUAUAUUUUUUUAAUUAUAUUAAUUUGUUGGAUCCUCCUUUCAUCCUGGAUGGUUAAGGCAGGGAACAUAAUGACCUUUUUCUGUAAUGUGUUGCUCAUUAGUUUCCACUACUGUAUAAAUGAUUUAAACUUCAAAAUAAGUUUAUCAGUCUUUUUAUAAAGUAACAAAAAUAGUUUUUGCCCAGGUGACAUGUCUCAAGUUUAAAGUUGUAUUGAGCACAUGUGCAGAUACUUGAAUACACCGUUGCACUUAAUAAUAAUUGUAUGAGUGGAUUAUUUUUGAGGUUGAAGACACUGAAGCAGAGUACGGUCCAUUAUAGCAACUGUUGUCAUGUGUUAUAACUUGGUCACACCUUAGUUUCUUACAAAUCAUUCUUAGAGCAUUUUGAGCAAUUAUUGAAGGUAACUUGUUCUCUUGAAUCUGUUGAAUAUUAGUAAAUAUUUGCCUCCAGUGACUUGAUAAUCCAAGAGAGCUAAACGUUAAGGAAAGAGGAGUCUGUAAUAACCAUACUAGAGUGUAAUAUAAAUGUACUGUUUUGGUUUUUGU